AUAGGCUUAGCCAAAAUCCUCCUAUUACAAAGAGUACUUCUUGUGCGUUUUUUGGCACAAUUUUCAUACUAGUUUUUCUUUAUUGUGCCUAAAAUUGGUUAUAUGAUAUAUCUUCACUUUCUUUUCUAGUUUUCUACUCAGGAUAAGCUUGCCCACUCACUCUCUCUCUCUCUCUAACAGCCAUGGCUUCCUUGUCUGCGACAACUGUUAGGUUCCAGCCUUUGUCCUCCUCACUUCAUAAAAUUAGCCAGGGGAGUGGAAGACUUUCAAGUAUAGUGUCCCUGGAUUGGGGCAAACGCAGUCUCCCAACACUCAGAACUUCCCGUCGUCUGUUGAUCUGUGCUGCAAAGAAAGAGACAGUUGAUAAAGUAUGCGAAAUUGUAAGGGAAAAAUUGGCUUUGGGAGCUGACAUUCAGGUCACUGCUGAUUCUGAGUUCAGUAAACUUGGUGCUGAUUCCUUGGACACGGUUGAGAUAGUGAUGAACCUGGAGGAAGAGUUCGGUAUCAAUGUGGACGAAGACAAGGCUCAAGAUAUAUCAACCAUCCAACAAGCCGCCGACGUUAUUGAGAUGCUCCUUGAGAAGAAAACAGCUGCAUAGAACAAUCUUUCUCUUCAAAUUUAUCCUUCAACCAUUUUACUACUUACUAAAUGGGCAGGCUGGCUAGAGAUUCUUGUUUCUCUUUCAAGGCUUUUUUCUUUAUCUUAUCCAAUUAUUGAUUCAAUUUCGAUUUCUUGCCUUUUUUGGACUUUAUUGUUUGUUGAAUAUGUAAGCGACUUCGUUAGCUAAGAAAGUUUUUGAUGUUAAAUAUUCUUAUUAGACA